AUGGAGUCGUUAUUGGCUUUGGUUUUUGCUGUUUGCAUUUCUUACUCUGUUGCAGAUGAAACAUCGGAUUCGGUAAAUUGGAUGUAUGACAAUGAUACGAUACCCGAGAUGUUGCCGAGAAAUAUGCGUGAUAACAGUGACGAAGAAAUUGGAAAAGCUGUUUUUCAUGCGUACUCAAAUCAAAUUAGAGUUGUCUCUGAAUACAGUGGUCAUGUUUAUGAUCCCCCAUUUCCGUUCGGAUAUUUGAAAAAUGAAUGUUCCAUACCGAAUACACACACAUAUCAAUCAGAAACUGACUUAGUAUUCAACAAUAACAUAAUCAGAGGAUUGAGGGGUUGUAACCAUAACCUUAUUGUCAUUAAAUGGGCACCUGAUCAGAUCGUAACUAAUAUCGAAUGGAAAGAUGCCAAUAUUAGAGGAAGCUACUAUUAUUCAAAUACCACAUACUUUGAGCAAGGAAACUAUCGCAUUAUAUUAGGGGGAAUUAGAUACCAGGCAAAUACUCCUCUUUCGGAAAACACUAUGAAAUAUCCAUCUUCAGUGCCAAAAUCAAGCAUUUCAUAUGAAAGUGUUAAAGCUUUAUUUUCAAGAAAUAUUCCAGCCGUCACAAAUGUCGACAAUUUGUAUAACCUAAAAUACUUCCUGGAAGAGGUCGCAUCCCAACACAUCGCUGAUAGUGUAGCGAAGUCCAUGCAACCCAACAUUUCUAUCGCAAUCAGACAUGCAAUUACACCUUACAUCAUGUUCAAGAACGUGUCGGACCCACACUUCCAUGGAUUUACUGCCAGUACGUCUUCGGGAAUACAACUCAUAGUCGAUGACGUCUUCACUAAUGGUUUGAACCAAACCAAUCAAAAAGUAAAAAAUAUGGUCGUAGAUAUGGCUAACAAAAAAUUGACCUCCACAACCGAGUUGGUCAUACAUCAUUUGAGAGGCACUUUCCGAACGCAGCUCACCAAAGACAGCAAACAGUACACGGGUUACGUUAUGUUCGAGAUCGAAAACAUUAAAAUAGUGCCAACUAGCAAUAUGUUCAACCGUGACGAAUGCAUCGCAAAUACCAUUAUUAAAAACACCACAGUCAUGAUUGACCCUGCAGAGUUCAAUUUGUCAAAAGAUGAGGAGAUCGAAGUAAACCGUGUUUUAGUGGACGCAUUUAAUAAAUCAAUUAAGAACAAAUUUAACAACACUGUUUGCGUAGCUUUGGGAGACAUGCUUAACUCCAAAGCUGGGAAAUAUUAA